AGUUAUUAUUUUGCACAAGCUGAAGAGAUGUUGCCAAGAACAGAACGAAUAUUGAAAUUGAUUCAUAUUCAAGUACCGGACUCAAAUAGGCUUACUGAAAUUGAUUCAGUUUCUCAAAAGGAUGCAACUUCUAUCGAUGGAGAUCCAAACAGAAAAGAGGCUGAUGAAGACCACUCUGAUGUUUCGGAUGACAUUUUUGAUGGAAUGGACGAUUCAGACACAGACCCAACAUGGGAACCCCAUCAAGAAAAGGAAAAUUGGGAAGCGGAUCAAGAGGAUCUAGAUAGUUUGUCAAUAGAACAUGUUCCAGCAGAGCCAGGUAAGGCUGUUGAGUCUAUUGUUUUCAACAAAAAAAAUCGUAAUGUGAAAAAUAAAGGGGCAAGAAAACUGAUUGCAUCUAGAAAAUUGGCAAGAAAUUCAGGACAAGCUUACACUACUUCAAAAGGGAAGGAGAAAAAAGCAAGAUGCAUGAAACCCUUGCAUGACUGUAGAAUGAAAUUAAAAAUGAAUUGACUGAGGAAAUCAGAAAAAAUAUAUUUGAAGACUACUGGAAGGCUGCUACAUAUGAACGGCGGGUCGCA